AUGGGAAAAAUCACUCUUUACACGAACCACGCUUGUCCCUUCGCCCACCGUGCGCACAUUGCGCUCGAGGAGCUCGGGUUGGAGUUUGAGGAGGUAAUCAUUGAUUUGGACACUCCUCGUGAGCCCUCAUAUCUCGAAAUCAACCCUAGAGGCCUAGUUCCAACCAUUAAAUACGACGAACACAUCAUCACCGAGUCUAGCGUGAUCACCCAAUUCCUUGCAGACCUGAAGGAAUCGCAUCUUCUCCCUGCAUCUGGAACCGUUGACGCAGCGCUCAAGAGAGCUCGGAUCGCAUUUUUCGUCGACACAUUCAAUACAAAGAUUAUAAGUGGGCUUUAUGGAACUCUUCGCGCAGACAGCGAGGAGGAGAAGAUAGCAAAGGGUACACAGUUUGUUGAGGCGAUCGAAAAAGAGAUUGCGCCGUUGCUUGAAGGCGCUGGCCCGUUCUUUGGUGGUAGCAAGGAGUUGACGUUGGCCGAGGUUAAUACGGCAUCAUUCGUGGUCAGGAUCAACUCAUUUAUCAAGGGUAAGGAUGGUUGGAUACCAGAUUUUGUGGGGGAAAGAUUGAAGGAAAACAAGAAUUGGACUGCAUGGACUGAGGCGAUUCUGGCGAAGCUGAGUGUGACGAAUAUUUGGGAUGAAGCUUAUACGGAGAAGACGAAGAAGAGGAUUCUGGAGAGCAAACAGAAGUAG